AGAGAAAAACAGCCAGCACAAGGAAGCAGGCCUGGAGAAGCCAUGUUUAUCAAAGUGAUGUUUGGAGCUGGCUGCUGGGAGCUGGUGAACACCUGGUGCAGCCUGGUGACCCUCACAACCCACUUGAGGCAGAGAGGGCAGGUGCCUCCAGAUGCAACCAUUGCCCUCCUGGCUGAGGAUGGGCAUCUGGUAAGCCUGGAUGAGAGACUGGAGGGGGCUUCCCAGGCCCCUUCCAUGGGCAGCCCCCGGCUGCAGGAGCGUGGGACCUAUGUCCUUGUGAAGAUCAUCAAGGGGGAAGGUGGGACCCCCACCCGCUAUGAGUCCCUACUGGAGAACCUGGAUGACCAGUAUCCAGAGCUAGCAGAGGAGCUUCACUGCCUGUCAGGCCUACACCCCACGAGUGAUGGUCGGAGGAGGCGCACAAGCACACGGCGUGGCCAUCAGGAGCAAGGCCCCCUUUCAAGAUCACGCAGGAUGGGCUCCCUGCCAUCCAGGACACGCUAGUGGGGGCCAGGAGCCAGCCAGGUCCCGUGACCUGGCACAUCACGGCCAAGCGGCUGAGCUGGACUCUGAUCCAAGGGGGUUGGCUGUGACCUCUGCCGUGUGUGAUCAGGCCCAAAGAGCAGCCCAGGGGCAUUCUUCUUGCAAAAUCUAGACUUACUGAGAAGUUACAUCAGCUGGAGGGACAAGGUCACAGACCAAAGGGGCCCCUUUGGGUGCAGACAAAGGGAUCCAGAGGCAGAAGGGACAAGGAGGGUGAAGGGGGCAAGUAUCUCUGAGCGUGGGAGACAACAGGUUCCUCCAGGGCUUCCAGUCCCCAGAGUCAUGCCCUUGGGGCCUCUGCUAAUACCUCACUCCUAUUUGGACUGUCCAAGGUCAUCAGAUUACAACAGGGCUCCUCCCCCUUCCCCACCCUGGAUGCCAGCUUCAGGUAGGGACAUCCAUCCAUGCUCCUUUGACCCCACCCCAGCAGACAGGCUAGUGAGAGGGCACACAGUAGGCUAUGGUCUAAAAUAAACUCUUUUAAUUGCA